AUGCGAACAUAUUCAACGACAGUUCUUGAGAUCAACGAGAGCUUUAUGGGAGCACCGUCGAGCAAACUGUCUCUUGUCAGCUUCUUCGAGACCAAGCCCAUGAUGAUUCCAUCCCUUCGAAAAGGGGUUAAGCGGGAGCUGCCUAGAAAGACGGAUCGACAGUGCCAAAGAACCGCCAUAGUGGGAUUGGGAGGAGUCGGAAAGACCCAAGUUGCUCUCGAAGUCGCAUUUCGUAUUCAAGAGCUCCGAGGGGGACCUGGAGACUGGCUCUUGAUAGUUGAUGAUGCUGAUGAUCAAGAAUUGUUCUUCGGCAAACCUGGCGAGACGAACGAAUCACCUCCGGCCUCAUCCCUGGACCAAUACCUUCCCUUCAGUCCUAUCGGAUCCAUUCUAUUUACCACAAGGAAUCAUGAAGCUGCAGUGGACCUACUUGGUUCGACUGACCAUAGGGUCACUAUUGAAGAAAUGAGCAAAACCGAAGGCAUUACGCUCCUGGAAAUGGGAUUGACAGAGAAACAAACCGGCGACCCGGUAAUGACUACUAAACUACUUAAGAAGCUUCAAAAUCUCCCCCUGGCAAUCAGAAAAGCCUCGGCGUUCAUGAUCAAGAAGCAAAUAACGGUGGCAGAGCACUUUGAGGACUCGCAUCGUUACAAGUCCAUUGCAAACCCGAUUGCAACAACGUGGUUGAUCUCGUUUCGGCAAAUUGAAGAGCGAGAUCUGUUAGCUGCCAAAUAUCUCAAGUACAUGAGCUUCCUGUCAAAGAAGGCUAUUCCAAAAUCUGCGAUUGGUACGCUCAAGGCCUAUGCUUUCAUUACGGCACGAGAAGAGCCGGAUAUUUACGAUAUUCAUCGGUUGGUUCGACGGGCGACACGCAAUUGGAUUGAACACGAAGGUAGUAAGGUGUUUUACGUCACAUCUAUGAUUCAACAUCUGGCCAAGGUGUAUCCACCUCCAAGAGCAGAGAACCAGGACUUGUGGGUAAAGUAUCUGCCACACGCCGAGACCGCCCUCAAAUUCCAGGAAUACUGUUCUGAUGGGGUCGCGAAAGAGAAGCUGCGAUUAAAUUUUGCCAAAAGUUGUAAUGUGAUUGGUGGCCUAGAAAGGUGCAAAGGGGAGGUCUCAAUGCACCAUCGAUCGUUCACUGAAGCGAUAGAGACCGAAGAUUUUAUGGAGAGCUUAAUAACAUUUCUUCAGCGGCUGGGAACAUUGGAAGUGGCAGAGCUACAUCAGUGCACAUCGUUCGGACUGAAAGAGGAGGGUUAUAGAAAUGAACUUUGCGAGCCUUUUGAAACUCUGUGUUUUACUAUUGGAGAUUUAGGGUUAUACUAA